AAAUAAUAAUAUAAAUAAUUGAAGAUAGAACAUAAAACAUGGUCUUCUUAAAUCAAGCAUAGAAGAUAGAUAGAACUAUAGAAUGUAGAUCAAUAAAAUUUCGUAUUACAGAAAGUUAAAUGAAUAUUUAUCAACUUUAAAGUUUAGGUUAAGGCUGUUAUUACUAUAAACACAUUUAAUUUAGCCAUGUGGAAAUGCCAUAAAUGUGGCAAACCAGUGUACUUCGCGGAACGCAUGCAAUCAUUAGGCUAUGACUGGCAUCCAGAAUGUCUUCGAUGUGAAGAAUGUAGUAAGCGAUUAAAUCCUGGACAGCAUGCAGAGCAUAAAGGUGUUCCUUACUGUCAUGUUCCGUGUUAUGGUGUGUUAUUUGGACCUCAGUUGUAUGGUCAUGGUACAAGAGUGGAAUCUCAUACAAGUUUUGGUAGAGUUGAAAACAAAUAUCCUUUUGGGCCAAAUGUUGAAAGGUCCGAGUUGGACGAAAAACUCAAAAUGUACAACAAAUAUUACGAAGGGCGUAGUGGAGAGAUUCGUAGCCGUGAAGUAAAUGGUCGUCCUAUUUUAGAAGGAGCAUUAAGAAUCUAUUGGGCUGUGACUGACAUGAUUCAUCUUAAAGAAGAUGAUGACCAAAGAAUCAAAAAUAGAAUCCUUAGAGAAUCUGAUGUGCCAUUAAUGAAAUUACAAAGUAAAUAUGUAACUAAUAACUCAAAAAAUGAUCAACAUCAAAAUGGAAACAACUCUUUAAGCAAAUUUAAUACAUUACCAAAUAACUUAAAUCAUAAUGACGUUAAAGAUGAUCUUAGUGAAUUUUUGAAAGUAGAAAAAGAAGUGGCUGGCAGUGAAAAAGUAUGUAGUACAAAAGGUGAUAUAGAAGCUUUAGUUCCAGAUAAAAAUGAUGAAUAUUCAGAAAAUUUUGAAACUCAGUUAGAAAAAGAAACUGGUGAUAAGUAUUUACUGAGGAGUCGGUCAUUGGAUGAUGAUACUAGUGACAAUGAAUACAAUGAUGAAUCAUUAUCUGAUCAUCAAGAUGAAUUUGUAAAUAAUGUUAGAAUGCGCCGAAAAUCUGGAUCAACUGCUAUCAAAAGAAGAACUGGAAGAUUAAAUGGAAAGAAUAGAACAAAAUUGAAACGUAGAUGCUCAAUUAAUGGUCAUUUUUAUAACCGUGAAACAAGUUUCUUUACACCACCAUAUGGUAGUCAAAUGUCUGUUUGGGUUACAUCAUUAGUUACAACACCAGAAGUUAUUAACUUGAUGUUAGACAAAUACAAAGUAGAUGGAAAAGCAAAUCAGUUUUCAUUAUUUCUUGUAUUCGAUAAUGGAGAACGUCGUAAACUAUUGGAUGAUGAAUAUCCACUGGUUGUAAGAUUAAUUCAAGGGCCACAUGAAGAUGUUUCUAGAUUAUAUUUGAUGGAAAGUCGAACUACUGAUGAAAUUAGCUGUGACGUGGCUCAAUUUCUUAAUUUUAGUUUACCUGAAUGUAAAGCUAUUCUGGCUGGUUAUGAUGCCGAAGAAGAAAAACAUAUUAUUGCAGUACAAGCAAAAUAUGAAGAAAUGAGAAAAAGAAUUAAGCAACGUAUGGAGCAGUUAAAGGUGCGACUUUAACUAUAAUUUUUCUAUUUUUUAUUUAAUUUUUUUUAUAUUUUAAACUUUUAAAGCACUAUCUUAUAUAAAGGUACAUUUUUUAAAAUUAUUAUUAACUACCAAAUAAUAAAAAAGAAUGUAUUAAAAGAAUUGUUGUAGUGUUUAGUUUUUUGUUAUUACUUAUUAUUUAUACUUUAAUAUAAUAAGACUGUAUACAUUA